CAGAGGCUGGGAAGUGAAAAGAAGUGGAGGCCUACAAUCCCUGUUGUCUCAGGCUCCCAGAAAUCCAAGGUCAGAGAGCACAGCCAGCCUCUGGAGCUCUUGUCAGCUGGAGCCAUGAACUGGCAGCAGCUGUGUCUGGGCCUCCUAUUUCUCCAGACAGGGACAGUCUCUUGUGGAGCUCUGGGACUUGAAGGAAAAGAGGCAGCUGUGGAUUACCUGCUGCAGUUUGGGUACCUGCAGAAGCCUCUAGAAGGACCUGAUAACUUGAGGCCAGAAGAUAUCACAGAGGCUCUGAGAGCUUUUCAGGAAGCAUCUGAGCUGCCAGUCUCAGGUCAGGUGGAUGAUGCCACAAGGGCCCGCAUGCGGCUGCCUCGUUGUGGCCUGGAGGACCCCUUCAACCAGAAGACCCUCAAAUACCUAUUGCUGGGACGAUGGAGAAAAAAGCACCUGACCUUUCGCAUCUUGAACCUGCCCUCCAGCCUCUCACCCCACCUAGCCCGAGCAGCACUGAUCCGAGCCUUCAAGUACUGGAGCAGUGUGGCACCCCUGACUUUCCGGGAGGUGCGAGCUGGCUCGGCUGACAUCCGCCUCUCCUUCCAUGGCCGCCAAAGUCCAUACUGCUCCAAUAUGUUUGAUGGGCCUGGGAGGGUGCUGGCCCAUGCUGAUAUCCCUGAGCUGGGCAGUGUACACUUUGAUGAAGAUGAGCUCUGGACUGAGGGGACCUACCACGGGGUGAACCUGCGCAUCAUCGCCACCCAUGAACUGGGUCAUGCCCUGGGACUUGGCCACUCCCGAUACACCCAAGCGCUCAUGGCUCCUGUCUAUGCUGGAUACCGUCCCCACUUCAAGCUGCACCCAGAUGAUGUCUCAGGGAUCCAGGCUCUCUACGGCAAGAAAAUCCCAGAGACAAGGGAUGAGGAAGAAGAGAUGGAGGUGCCCACUGUACCUCCAGUGUCCAGAGAGCCCAGUCCUAUGCCAAACCCCUGCAGUGGUGAACUGGAUGCCAUGAUGCUGGGGCCCCGCGGGAAGACUUAUGCUUUCAAGGGAGACUAUGUGUGGACUGUGACAGAUUCAGGGCUGGGCCCCUUGUUCCUAGUAUCUGACCUUUGGGAGGGGCUCCCGGGAAAACUGGAUGCUGCUGUCUACUCUCCUCGAACACAGUGGAUUUACUUCUUUAAGGGAGACAAGGUGUGGCGCUAUAUUAAUUUUAAGAUGUCUCCCGGUUUCCCCAAGAGACUGAGUAAGGUAGAGCCCAACUUGGAUGCAGCUCUUUAUUGGCCUGUCAACCAGAAGGUGUUCCUCUUUAAGGGCUCUGGGUACUGGCAGUGGGAUGAGCUGGCACCAACUGACUUCAGUCGCUACCCUAAACCAAUCAAAAAGUUGUUUACUGGAGUGCCAAACCAGCCCUCGGCUGCCAUGAGCUGGACGGAUGGCCGAGUCUAUUUCUUCAAGGGCAAGAAGUACUGGCGCCUCAACCAGCAGCUUCGCGUGGAGAAAGGCUAUCCAAAAAACACCAGCCACAACUGGGCACACUGUCAUCCGCACACCCCAAGCACUACUCCAUCAGCUGGGGACACCACUCCCUCAGCCAUCUCGAACACUGAUACGGUUUUGGACAAUACCUCCUCAGCCUCAGACUCCAUGCUUUCAUUACCUGUUAAUGUCACCUUCCCAGAGGCCUAAGACGGAAUCAGAUGUCUGUUUAUUAGAACUACAACAGGGUCAUGAACUAGAUCUCCAGCCUCUAAAAGUUUCAACUCUAGCCACUUCUCUCCUGAGAGAUGCUUCCUCUACUCUGGUUCAACCCCCAUUCCACCCAGUUGCUCCUCGUUUUAGGGAGUCUUAGAUAUCGCUUCCAACUGUGUCAUCUCAUCUCUCUGAAAGACAGUGGUGGAGGGAUGUGUCAAUUAGGCCUUUAGUUGACAGGAUGUGGCAGCUGGGGAAACUGGAUACCGGGAUUCUGUCCAUCUCAGGUAAAGUACAAGAAAAUAGUAUGGCCAGUAAAAUGAGCAAGGGCUUUGGAAUCCUUGAGAAUCACACUUGCCUGUUUGUGACUUGGGCAUGCCAAUUUAACCUCAUUGCCCUCUGGAUUGUCUGUCAGCAAAGUUAAUGCCAAUCCUGCACGGUUGUUGCAUGAAAUGAAAUACUGUGUACAUGUAAAGAGUCUGGCAAGUUUGCAGUUCAUAAAGGCUAAUUCUGUGUUUCUAAGAAAGGGCUCAACAGCUCUUCCUCUACCUGCCUGAGUGUGCAGCUCCUAAAGCACUCUGUCUGAGAAGGGUACACCUAUCAGAUCUUUUUUAGAAGACAGAAGACUUAGUAAUAUGUCCGCCUCUUUGAGGAUAUACAGGGAGCGGGAAGAAUUGCAACAGCAAAGGCAGAUUUCCCUG